UCUGGGGAACUGGGUAGCAGACACAGGCUGAGGCUCGGCACGGGAGCAUGGCAGCCAACGUCUCAGGUGCCAAGUCUUGCCCUGCCAACUUCUUGGCAGCUGCCGACAACAUCCUCAGUGGGUUCCAGGGGGACUUUCUGUGGCCCAUACUGGUGGUUGAGUUCCUGGUGGCCGUGGCCAGCAAUGGCCUGGCCCUGUACCGCUUCAGCACCCGGGAGCAGCGCCCGUGGCACCCCGCCGUGGUCUUCUCGGUCCAGCUGGCGGUCAGCGACCUGCUCUGUGCCCUGACGCUGCCCCCGCUGGCCGCCUACCUCUAUCCCCCCAAGCACUGGCGCUAUGGGGAGGCCGCAUGCCGCCUGGAGCGCUUCCUCUUCACCUGCAACCUGCUGGGCAGCGUCAUCUUCAUCACCUGCAUCAGCCUCAACCGCUACCUGGGCAUCGUGCACCCCUUCUUUGCCCGAAGCCACCUGCGACCCAAGCACGCCUGGGCUGUGAGUGCCACCGGCUGGGUCCUGGCCGCCCUGCUGGCCACGCCCACACUCAGCUUCUCCCACCUGAAGAGGCCGCAGCAGGGGGCGGGCAACUGCAGCGUGGCCAGGCCCGAGGCCUGCAUCAAGUGUAUGGGGACAGCAGGCCACACACUAGCAGCCUACAGAACGUACAGCCUGGCGCUGGCGGGGCUGGGCUGCGGCCUGCCACUGCUGCUCACGCUGGCAGCCUACGGCGCCCUCGGGCGGGCCGUGCUACGCAGCCCAGGCAUGACUGUGGCUGAGAAGCUGCGUGUGGCAGCAUUGGUGGCCAGUGGUGUGGCCCUCUACGCCAGCUCCUAUGUGCCCUACCACAUCAUGCGGGUGCUCAACGUGGAUGCUCGGCAGCGCUGGAGCACCCGCUGCCCGAGCUUUGCAGACAUGGCCCAGGCCACAGCAGCCCUGGAGCUGGGGCCCUACGUGGGCUACCAGGUGAUGCGGGGCCUCAUGCCCCUGGCCUUCUGUGUCCACCCGCUACUCUACAUGGCUGCGGUGCCCAGCCUGGGCUGCUGCCGCCGACACUGUCCCGGCUACAGGGACAGCUGGAACCCAGAGGACGCCAAGAGCACCGGCCAAGCCCUGCCCCUCAAUGCCACAGCCGCCCCUAAACCGUCGGAGCCCCAGUCCCACGAGCUGAGCCCAUGACGUGGCCUAGCGGAAGCUGCCUCCUCACCCCAGGUGUUGCUGGAGCACCCUGAGGGCAGGGCCCCAGCCCCGACGCGCCCCUUCCCCCAAAAAGCAACACCUGUGGUUGCGGCCAAGUCAGGCCCAGCUGCAGCCCAGGCAGGAGCAGUCGCCUUUCCCACCCACAGCGCUAGCCACAGGGCUCCCUGCAGGGUCGGACCAAACCACGCCCAGGGGAAGGGAGGCGCUGGCCCCCACCACAGGACGGGAGACGAAAGAACAAAAAGAACCAAGUAGAGAGAGUGGAGCUGCUUUAUUGCCCUUGGAGCCCGCGCUCUCGGAGGCUGCCUUCUGUCGCCAAGGGUCCUGGGCUGAGCACGCAGUGGCAGCUGGCUUAGUUGGUGGACGGCCUGGGGUACGGGAGGGUGGCAGGUAUGAGACCUCUGGGGUCACCCCAAGACCCCAGACACCCAAGUGGCAUCUUGGGGGUGGGUGGGCAGAGAAGGGUGGGUGGGCAGAGAAGGAUGGGGUAAUGUGAGGACAAAGCGGGCACGGAGCCAGAUGGCCAGUCUCCAGGCCUGGCCCACGGACUGGCAGGGACCCCAGGCACAAGAGCUGCCACCCCUCUGCCCCUCUGCCCCUCUGCCAGGUUUUAGAAAAAGACAAUAAAGGACUGUCCCCUCAAAACCA